UUGGGCAAUCCGACAUAAUAUUACACAUGCAGCUCUAAAAGAUCUCCUACAAAUAAUCAAGAGACAGUAUGAUUCUAGUUUAUUUAUCGAUGCUAGAACAUUAUUAAAAACGCCACAAAAUACGAAAAAAAGUUGUAAAGUUAUACAGGGUGGAGAAUAUUAUUGGCAUCAAGGUCUUGACGUUUGUCUAACGAACACUUUUAAAAACUUGUCAAAAGACAUGUUAAUACAGCUCAAUGUAAAUAUAGAUGGGUUGCCAAUAUAAAAAAAAGUUCCAAACGUCAGUUUUGGCCAAUUUUAUGUAGCAUAUAUGAAAUGCCUGAUAUACAACCUAUGAUUGUUGGCAUUUUCCAUGGAAAUAACAAGCCUCUAGAUAUAAAGGAAUUUUUGGAGCCUUUUGUUGAGGAUGUUAAGCGGCUGCAAUCAAAUGGACUCUGUGUUAAUGGGCAUAUGAUUCACAUAAAAAUUAGAUGCUUUAUCUGCGAUUCACCUGCACGGGCAUUUAUUAAAGGUGUAGUCAAUUUCAAUGGGAUUAAUGGAUGCCUUAAAUGCACUACUGAAGGCGAAUAUUCUUAUCUUUCUCGAAUAUUUCGUAUUCCUGAUAUAAAAUGUCCUCUUAGAACUGAUGCAAAAUUCAGAAGUAAACAUUAUGGUAAGCACCAUAAAGGGCAAGAGUCACCAAUUUUGAAAAUUUCCGAAGUUGACAUGGUGCAGGAUUUUAUAGUAGCAGAUGAACUACAUCUUUUAGAGCUAGGUGUGAUGAAGCGUUGUCUAACAGGAUGGAAAGAUGGUUCUAUGGGUUUCUCAAUAAUUGGUGCCCCUGACAUAGCAUUUCCUCGAAUAAAUAAUAUAAGAUUUUGAUUACUCCCCCCCUCUCUUUUAUUAUUGUUAUUAAGAAGAAUGGUAGAAAGAGUGGUAGGUACAGGAUGAACAGUUUACCCCCCCCCCCUAUCAUCUAAUAUUGCUCACGGAGGAUCAUCAGUAGAUUUAGCUAUUUUUAGGCUUCACUUAGCUGGUAUUUCUUCAAUUUUAGGUGCUAUUAAUUUUAUUACAACAGUAAUUAAUAUACGACCUAUAGGAAUAACUUUUUAUCGAAUACCCUUAUUUGUUUGAGCCGUAGUAAUUACAGCAAUUCUUUUACUUUUAUCAUUACCGGUUCUAGCAGGGGCAAUUACAAUAUUAUUAACAGAUCGAAAUUUAAAUACAUCCUUUUUUGAUCCAGCUGGAGGGGGAGACCCAAUUCUUUACCAGCAUUUAUUUUGAUUUUUUGGUCACCCUGAAGUUUAUAUUUUAAUUUUAUCAGGAUGUGGAUUAAUUUCUCAUAUUGUUAGACAGGAAAGAAGGAAAAAAGAAGCCUUUGGAACUUUAGGAAUAAUUUAUGAUAUAAUAGCGAUUGGAUUAUUAGGAUUUAUUGUGUGAGCUCAUCAUAUAUUUACAGUUGGUAUAGAUGUUGAUACACGAGCUUAUUUCACUUCAGCAACUAUAAUUAUUGCUGUACCAACUGGUAUUAAAGUAUUUAGAUGAUUAGCUACUUAUCACGGAACUACUAUUACAUAUAGACCUGUAACUCUUUGAGCUUUAGGUUUCAUUUUUUUAUUUACAGUGGGGGGAUUAACAGGUGUUGUUCUAGCAAAUUCUUCUAUUGAUAUUGUACUACACGAUACUUAUUAUGUUGUUGCUCAUUUCCAUUAUGUUUUAUCUAUAGGAGCUGUAUUUGCUAUCAUAGCGGGAUUUAUUCAAUGAUUCCCAUUAUUUACAGGUUUAACUUUAAAUAAUUUUUAUUUAAAAAUUCAAUUUUUUAUUAUAUUUAUUGGAGUAAAUUUAACUUUUUCCCCCCAACAUUUCUUAGGAUUAAUAGGAAUACCCCGACGAUAUUCAGACUAUCCAGAUGUAUUUAUAUUAUGAAAUAUUGUAUCCUCUAUUGGAUCAUUAAUUUCUUU